GCAACGAGCAGCUUCAUCUAACCAGUGUGUAAUACGGAUCAAGCACGAUGAUUAAGUUACUCCUUAUUUCCUUACUUUGCGUGGCGGUGCUCUCAUCAGGGCAAGCUAAAGCUGAAGCGAAUGGUAAAGGCGGUGGAGGAGGAGGUGGAGCGGGAAGUGGAGCGGGAGGUGGAGCGGGAGGUGGAGCGGGAGCUUCAAUGGGAGCUGGAGGAAGUGCAGGUGGAAAAGGAAGUAAAUUAGUGACACCUGCACAAAUCAGACAAAAAAUGCCAUUUGCACAAGGCAUGCAACAGGAGCCACCUCCUCAAGGGUCACCUCCUCCAGGGCCACCUCCUCAAGGGCCACCUCCUCAAGGGCCACCUCCUCAAGAGUCACCUCCAACUAAAUAAAGUCGAUAAAGGCAGUAGCUUCUAUUUUAGAAGCGCAUUAUGUGGAUUUGGACCAUUGCAAGUAGAUGAAGGUGAUUAGAUUGUACUCAGCACUAUGGCACAUUAAAUUAGAAUUGCACGAUCAAGAAGAACCCCGAUGAUUUGUGAACAAUAAAAUUUUGCACUGCAGGAAGA